AUGAAUGAUAAAAUACCAGGCCUUGAGUUCUAUCAGAUGGUUCCUAAGGAAGCCCUUCAAUAUGAGGGGAUUCUCUCUUUGCUUUUGUAUUUCAAGUGGACCUGGAUUGGGAUUGUUGUUAUGGAUACUGCCAAUGGAGAAAGAUUUGUGGAAAUUGUUCUUCCAUUGUUUUCCGAGAGUGGUGUCUGUGUUGCCUUCAUAGAAAGAAUCCCUACAUUAACCUUUGUCACUGACAUUAAAGACAUGCUGGAUCAGGGGGCAAAAAUCCAUGAUAAGAUCAUAGAUAGCAAAGCCAAUGUAAUGGUGGCCUAUGGAGAAUCUUAUUCCUUGGCAUUUUUUAGAUUUUUUCCAUAUCUUUCACAACAAGAACACAUGACAGAUAAACCCAAAGGUAAAGUGUGGAUAGGAACAGCACAACUGGAGCUCACAUCAUUUGUUUUUCAAAGGACUUGGGAUACAGAAACAUUCCGAGGUGCUGUAUGCUUCAAAAUUCAGUCCAAUGAUCUCCCACGUUUUCACCAAUUCAUUGAGAACCGAACCCCUUCCAGCACAACCAAUGAUGGUUUUAUCCGGGACUUCUGGCAAAAUGCAUUUGGUUGUGUGUUUCCAAACCGAGUUCUGCAAAAGGUAGAAGGAAAUGUUUGCACUGAGGAAGAAAAGCUGGAGAGCCUCUCAACAACUUUAUUUGAAAUAAGCAUGACUGGCCACAGCUACAGCAUCUACAAUGCUGUCUAUGCUGUGGCCCAUGCGGUCCAUGCCAUGUCCACAUCCAGACUCAAGUACAGAGCAACAGCAGACAGACAUAGACUGAAAUGUCACAAUCAGAAGCCAUGGCUGCUCCAUCGUUUCCUGAGAAUUGUCUCCUUUAACAACAGUGCUGGGGACAAGGUUUCCUUUGACCAGAAUGGAGAGCUGGUAGCCGGAUUUGAUAUUAUCAACUGGGUUAUUUCCUCAAACCAGACUAAAGUGAAAGUUGGGAAGAUAGAUCCUGAAGCUCCUCCGGACCAAACAUUCACCAUUAAUGAGGAUGCCAUAAUGUGGCACAGCUGGUUUAACCAGACACAGCCUAACUCUGUAUGCACUGAGAGUUGCCAACCUGGUACUAGUAAGAAAGUGAAGGAGGGGGAGCCAUUUUGCUGCUAUGAUUGCAUCCCUUGCCCAGAAGGGAAGAUUUCAGACCAAAGAGACAUGAGUGACUGUUAUAAAUGCACAGAUGGAAAUUAUCCAAACAAACACCAGGAUUUAUGUAUUCCCAAGGAUGUGAAUUUUUUGAGCUUUGAAGAUCCUUUGGGUUUCAGUUUAGCUUCCUUUUCUCUUUUCUUUGCUUUGACCACAGCUCUGAUACUAGGAAUGUUUGUGAAAUACAAGGAUACUCCCAUAGUCAAAGCCAACAACCGGGACCUCACCUACACUCUGCUCAUCUCCCUCCUGCUCUGCUUUCUUUGUACAAUGCUAUUUAUUGGCCAACCUGAUAAGGUGACAUGUCUCCUUCAACAGACAGCUUUUGGCAUCAUCUUCUCACUGGCUGUUUCUUGUGUGUUGGCUAAAACCAUCACAGUGGUUCUGGCAUUCAUGGCCACCAAACCAGGAUCCAGGAUGAGGAAAUGGGUGGGGAAAAGGCUGGCCAAUUCCAUUGUUCUUUUCUGCAUGUUUAUUCAAACAACCAUUUGUACUUUAUGGUUAGCAACUUUCCCCCCAUUCCCAGAUGGUGACAUGCACUCAGUGAUUGAAAAAAUUGUACUGGAAUGUAACAAGGGUUCUGUGGUUAUGUUCUGCUCGGUUUUGGGCUACAUGGGCCUCCUGGCUAUUAUCAGUUUCACUGUGGCUUUCCUUGCCAGGAAGUUACCUGAUACUUUCAAUGAAGCCAAGUUCAUCACUUUCAGCAUGUUGGUCUUUUGCAGUGUUUGGUUGUCCUUUAUUCCAUCCUACCUGAGCACAAAGGGAAAAUACAUGGUAGCUGUGGAGAUCUUUUCUAUCUUGGCCUCCAGCAGUGGCUUGCUCAGCUGUAUCUUUUUUCCAAAAUGUUAUAUUAUUUUGUUAAGGCCUGACAAGAAACGUGCUGAAUGCUUCAAAAGCAGCACAAGAAACAGAACAACCCAUAGGCAUGGCCCUAUCUACGUAAAAUUGACCCUGAAAUUUAAAACCCAGUAA